UGCUACCAAUAGAAUAUUAGUAAUGGUAAUCUCCACCAUUUCAUAUAAACAGUAGCAACACCAUUCAUAAAUUUCAAAUAUUUAGCAAAACAAAGUCCUUCUUUACGCUCGUCAAAAGAAGUUUUCUUUGUCAUUUUUUAUUAGUUACAAUAAAAAAUUCUUUUUUAAACUAAUUCCAAAUAAAUUCCAACAUAAGUUUAUUGUUGUGAAACCACGUCACAGAGUUUCGUGCGCGCAAAUCAAUAUUGUUAUCAGUUGCAACAUCCUUUUGUGUUUCAGUUUAUCUGUUUAGCUUGGAGUAGUGUGAGCUUUGUUUAAAUGUGGCAGCAGGGCAGUGAUUAUUUUAUUUUCAACGACCCGAGAAUAGACCCUUCGUACGUCAUGGCGCAUAACGCUUUUGAAGACAAAAUCAAAUCCACGGACGAUUUAUCGCAUAAUGCCUUAUUAACGCAAAUCGAUGAAAAUGCCACAAUUACAUUUGAAGAAGCGUUGAAACAAGUUGAUGAAAUUCAAAUUUUCGAAGAGAAACUGAACAAUGAAAUAUCAGAUGGGAAUGUCAGCCCGGACUGCAUUUACAAUGAUUUGCGACAAGAGAGAUACAUGAUAUACCGGCAAGAUCUUAUGGGGAUGACAGUAACGUCAGGGAGCGUGUCGUUGAAUAAAGACGACAAGAACUUGAUAGGAAUCAGCAUCGGUGGAGGGGCGCCACUGUGUCCAUGUCUUUACAUUGUCCAGAUAUUCGACAACACGCCAGCAUCAAGAGAAGGAACGUUACAAAGCGGCGAUGAGCUGGUGGGUGUCAACGGCCAGACCGUAAAGGGAAAGACGAAAGUGGAAGUCGCUAAAAUGAUACAGUCUGCUAAGGACGAAGUAACAAUAAACUACAACAAGUUACACGCGGACCCGAAGCAGGGGAAGUCCCUGGAUAUAAUAAUGAAGAAGAUGAAACACAGGCUAGUGGAGAACAUGUCUUCAGGGGCAGCUGAUGCUCUGGGCUUGUCUAGAGCUAUACUUUGCAACGACACUCUUGUCGCCAAACUAGAUGAGCUGAGAGAAACUGAGAGCACUUAUAAGAGACUUGUAGAACAUUCAAAAAGAAUGUUGAAAUCCUACUUCGAUCUACUCCAAACAUACAAAGCAAUGGGAGACAUCUUCGCUGGUAUAGGGGUGAAGGAGCCACAAGCGAGGGCUUCCGAGGCAUUCUCGAGGUUCGGACAGUACCACAGGCAACUGGAGCGCGAUGGUAUCAAGAUGUUGAAGACUUUAAAACCCAUUUUAUCAGACAUGGGAACAUAUUUAAACAAAGCCAUUCCUGACACCAAACUGACCAUUAGAAAAUACGCCGAUACGAAAUUCGAGUAUUUGUCGUACUGCCUCAAAGUUAAAGAGAUGGAUGAUGAAGAAUAUGGAUACAAUGCUCUACAGGAACCUCUGUAUAGAGUGGAGACUGGGAAUUAUGAGUACAGAUUGAUUCUGCGAUGUCGCCAAGACGCGAGGGCUCGAUUCGCUCGUCUCAGAUCUGAUGUUCUCGUGAAACUGGAGUUAUUGGAAAAUAAAAAGGCACAGGACGUGGCGUAUCAGCUGAGGAAGUUUAUUCAGGGUCUUUCCGUGUAUCACAACGAAACAGUGGAACAACUCAAGGAAAAUUCGACGCUCUUUCCGGUUGAAGUUGAUUUAUCGCAAAACGCUUUCCAAUACAAAUCUACCGGACAAAUUAUACAGGACAACCCUGACGAUGACGAAGAAAUAGAAUACGGGAAAGAAAUCCAAGAAUACCACGACAUUGAAAAAGAGCCGAAACAAAUCAACAGACGUCAGACAAAGGAUGUAGACUCCACUGAAUCGUCAGAACAACUGUUACCAGGCAUUGACACUGUUGACCUCAACGCGUCAGAUGCACCUGACGAUGACAGGUCUAAUCUGACGUUGCUGACGGAAUUAGGUCUAGCUGAUACAGCUAUGCCAAUGGAUAAUGAGUUCGGAGAGUUCCAAAAUGGACUGAAUUUUGCGAAGAAAAAUGACGUAGAUGAUGUUUUUGAUAAUUUGUUAAGUGGUUUGAGUAUGAAUAACUAAAUGUAUGUUGUAAAAUGACUUUUAUUUGUAACAAGCUAAUGCUGUACAAAGCUAAGUGAACUUUGCUAUUAUAUUAGUAAUGGUAGGUAUAAUAAAACAAUAAUUACGUCAAAAUAUUAUAUUUUACACUUAUUUUGUAAAAUUAUAUUACACGUCAGUCUUCCAACCAAUAAACUCCUUGUUUUAUC